AUGUUACAUUUAAAUACAUCUACUAUACUAGGAAAUUGUCCAAUGUUAAGCAAUAGUAGUUUUAUGGAACAAACUGAACUUUUAAAAGAAUUAACUAAUGAUUGUCGUUAUGAUAACAUGACUAGACCACCAGGAGAAAUUAAUUCUACAAAUCCAAUUAAUGUGUAUACUAAGGCUUAUAUUUAUACAAUUAAAUCAAACAUGGCAAAAACACUGCAAUUUGAUGUACAUAUGAUGUUACAAUUUAGAUAUUUGGAUACCAGGUUAAAAUUUUCAAAUAUUGCUCCAUAUUUAAGUCAAAUAUAUGAUGGACAAUUUGCAUAUAAUCUAAUAUGGACACCUACUGUUUAUGUUUCUGAGCCCAGUUCAGCAAUAAUAGGAAAUAAUGUAAAAGAUAAACUUGUUUCAAUAGAUCCAUCAGGCAUGGUUAGAUUGAAUACUAGGUUGCAAGCUACUCUUAACUGUGGGCUUCGUUUGGAGAAAUUUCCAUUUGAUGUACAAGAAUGUCCACUUGUUUUUGAGAGCUGGACACACAAUGUGCUUGAUAUGGUGUUGUAUUGGGACCAAGAACCAAUUAUACUUGCAGAUGAAUUACAUUUAACUGAAUAUAAGCUUGUUGAAAAAUGGGUUAAUGCAUCAGAAGUAUUUUAUACUACAUCACAACAACAUUAUGGUCAUUUUGGCAU